GCUGUAGCUGGGUGAGAUCAAUUACGGCAGGUGACAAACACAAGGAGACAGAAACACAGAGGCAGAGAGGAGGGAAAAGAGGAUAGCACCCCUUGGCAGUGACAGCAUUUCCAGCCCUGAAGUCCACAGCAGGGAGAAACACUCCCACAGCGAUGGAGUCAUGUGGCAGGGCGGUGAGCAGCACGCUUGCCAUCUUCUUGGUUCUGCAUCUGGGUCUGAUCCCCAUUAUGGCUGAGCAAAAAGAACUACAGAUUGGGGUUGCAGGACAGGCAGUGAUCCUGAACUGCAGAGGCAUACCUCAAGGCAUGGGCGUGACCUGGAAGUAUUCUAAAGCUGUUAUAAGGUUGUUUAGAACUACCCAUUUGAAAGGCAAAGCUACCAUGACUGAUCGAUCUGAAAUCAACCCCACAAGUAAACACCUGAAGGUGAUGGACUUAAGGCUCUCUGAUGCUGGCACCUACACCUGUGAAUAUGGCUCUCACACAGUCAGUAUCUCACUGCAUGUCUUUAAACUGACAAUCUCUUUAGAUGGGCACUUCCUGCCAAAUGAAGUCCCCAAGCUGACUUUAAUGCAAAAUUCAACCCAUCCUCUACCCAAUCUCAACAUCACAUUGUUUAACAAUAACAACAACAUAGUGAGACCAAAAUUCUUACAAAAUGAGACCCCUCAAAAAUACACACUGAUGUUAAAACAACUGGAGGCUACAGACAGCGGGACCUGGAUGUGUCACAUCCGUUCAGACUCUCCACUGAUUAACCAGAACAUCUCCUUUGAGCUGAAGGUAUUAGGUUUUCAGAAUCUCUAUUCGGAAAGAAAGUAUGCAACUGUUGAUAGCACUGUCAUCUUGUCAUGGCAUCUGAACUUUCAGCAGAUAAAAUGGAAAGAAGGUUUCACAGGACAAAUGAAUUGGAAACAACAGGAAAGUGCAACUGCUCAUGAGCUACUUGAUUUCAAUGUCACAGCACGAGGAGAGCAGCAUGAGACCAAAAAAAUCAGUCGCUUUCGGUUUGAGAUACCUGAAAGCAAACCUAAAAGUACCAUACAAGUGGAACUCUCCAAAGUCCAUUUCAACCACUCUGGGCAGUACCAAUGCCAGCUGGCAUACAACGGAAGAUACACACACAACAAGAUAGAGCUGGUGGUGAUGAAAGUCUCAGCUGACCCUGUCGGGCCACUCUCCAGAGGGGCCGAGAUGACCCUGAUCUGCCAGGUCUCCAGUCCACUCCCAUCCAACACCCACUUGCUUUGGAAACAUAUGAAUGGGACUCCAAUAGACAUCAAAAAGUCAAAGCAGCAUGCAGUAAAGGUGGAGGUGAAAGUCAGUGCUGCAGGGGUGUGGAGCUGUCACCUCAUAGAAGACAAUGACAGCAAGAUCAGCCUUAAUUAUAUUGUGGAGGAAGCUCCUGUUUGGCUUAGCUAUGUGGUAAUUGGAGCAAGCGUUGGAGGCAGCAUACUGUUUUUUGGCCUUGCAUGCCUGUGCAUCAUCAGUGGUAUAAGCUGGCAGCACAGAAGGCAACGAGCAAAAAGGAUGAUACGAGCAAGACAAUACUUGCUGGAAAACAAGACAUGUCAGUGUCAACACCGGCUGAAUAAGUAGUAUUGCAGCACUAGCGUCAGAGGGAGUGAAGUCUCUGCCUGUACCUAAACACCUGCCAGCCCACAGUGCUCUGUGAAUCCAUCUCCCUUUCUCCUGUUUUGAUGUAAUUCAUUAUUCCUUCAUCAUUCUCCCAGUCUUAUGCCAUGAAGGGAUGUUGUCUGGCUAGGAGCCGAUGGACAAGACUAGGAAGCCUUAAAGGUUAUGAUUGAUCCCCAGUUCUAUAAUGAGAGACAAUGAAUAGAAGAUAUAUAUAUAUAUAUGCUUGUAUUUUGCUCGUGCACUUAAUUUGACCUUCUUAUGGAACAAAUUUUAUGUGCUUCUUUUAUCCACCUGAGCUACAAUAAAUUACUUUGGGGUUGGGUCGGAUUUUUUUGCAAGCCAGACUAAAUUUUUUGUGAGGCACUCUUGUUUGGUUUAAAUUCACAUUUCUCCCUUUCCUGCCAGGAUACGGAAUCCUGAU